CCGGAGCCAAUGGAUCAGCAAAACAACAAGCCACCGCGGUGCGCAGCCAAGACAGGGAGAAGAUCAGAGGAGAGGGAAACUAAACAAAUCCGGCAGCAGGAGCAAAGCAAUGGCUGCCGCAACCACCACCACCUCCCGCCCGCUUCUUCUCUCCCGCCAGCAGGCGGCGGCGGCGGCCGGGUCCCUCCAAUGCCGUCUCCCCAGGAGGUCCGGCCUCUUCGCCGGCCAAACUUCCGGCGCCGCGUCGAUGGGUCCCGGCGUGCGGUGCACGGCGGUCGUGGACACGGCGUCGGCGCCCGCGGCGGCGGAGCCGGCUAAGAGGAAGCCGAGCAGCUACGAGAUCAUCACGCUGACGACGUGGCUGCUCAAGCAGGAGCAGGCCGGGACCAUCGACGGCGAGAUGACCAUCGUGCUGUCCAGCAUCUCCACGGCGUGCAAGCAGAUCGCCUCCCUCGUGCAGCGCGCGCCCAUCUCCAACCUCACCGGCGUCCAGGGCGCCACCAACGUGCAGGGCGAGGACCAGAAGAAGCUCGACGUCGUCUCCAACGAGGUGUUCUCGAACUGCCUGAGGUCGAGCGGGCGCACGGGCGUGAUCGCGUCGGAGGAGGAGGACGUGCCGGUGGCGGUGGAGGAGAGCUACUCGGGCAACUACAUCGUGGUGUUCGACCCGCUCGACGGCUCCUCCAACAUCGACGCAGCCGUAUCCACCGGCUCCAUCUUCGGCAUCUACAGCCCCGCCGACGAGUGCCUCGCCGACAUCGGCGAAAACCCAACCCUUGACCAGGUGACCGAGAUGUGCGUGGUGAACGUGUGCCAGCCGGGGAGCAACCUGCUGGCCGCCGGCUACUGCAUGUACUCCAGCUCGGUCAUCUUCGUGCUCACCAUCGGCACCGGGGUGUACGUCUUCACGCUGGACCCCAUGUACGGCGAGUUCGUGCUCACCCAGGAGAAAGUGCAGAUCCCCAAGUCCGGCAAGAUCUACUCCUUCAACGAGGGAAACUACGCUCUGUGGGACGACAAGCUCAAGAGUUACAUGGACAGCCUCAAAGACCCCGGCACCUCGGGCAAGCCCUACUCCGCGCGCUACAUCGGGAGCCUCGUCGGCGACUUCCACCGCACCAUGCUCUACGGCGGCAUCUACGGCUACCCCAGGGACCAGAAGAGCAAGAACGGCAAGCUGCGGCUGCUCUAUGAGUGCGCGCCCAUGAGCUUCAUCGCGGAGCAGGCCGGCGGCAAAGGCUCAGAUGGCCACCAGAGGGUACUUGAUAUCAUUCCCACAGAGGUCCAUCAGAGAGUGCCUCUCUAUGUCGGGAGCGUGGAGGAAGUGGAGAAGGUGGAGAAGUUCUUGGCUUGAGAAUUACAAGCUUGAUGAGAUGCUGGCUUGAGUUUCUUCCAAGAAGUUAUUGUAACCAAUAUAUGUUGUAGAAAAUUUCUUUUCUGGCGGGGAAAAGCCAUUUUGAAAAAUUCCAUUCUUCGGUUGUGAGGUGAAGGGCCUGUUAAUUUUCCGCCGUUUCAACCCAGUAGUAAAAAUGUCAGUACAA